AUGUCUACCGACGUCCGGAGCGAACUCAAGAAGCCCAAGAAGAAAAAGGUGCUCCUUAUGGGAAAGAGUGGUUCUGGCAAGUCGAGUAUGAGGAGCAUUAUAUUUAGCAACUAUAUCGCUAGGGAUACUCGACGUCUCGGUGCGACAAUCGAUGUCGACCUCUCCCACGUCAAAUUCUUGGGGAAUCUAACCUUAAAUCUCUGGGAUUGCGGUGGUCAAGAGGCCUUUAUGGAAAAUUACCUAUCGCAACAGCGUGUACACGUAUUUUCCAAUGUGGGCGUCCUUAUAUACGUCUUUGAUAUAGAAUCUCGAGACGUAGAUCGAGACAUGGCCACCUAUGUAUCGAUCAUCUCCGCUCUAAUGCAGUAUUCACCUACCGCUAAGGUCUAUGUACUAAUUCACAAGAUGGAUCUAAUCACUCCGCACGCUCGAGAGGCUGUCUUCGUUGAUCGUGUCCGGCUAGUCAGACAGAAGACUGCCGAGUUCAUCCAAGGAGCAGGCUACGCGGGCGAGCUGGAUCUUAUCCCCUUUGCAACCUCUAUAUGGGACCAGUCGCUAUACAAGGCUUGGGCAAGCAUCAUACACGACCUCGUACCGAAUCUGUCCGUGAUCGAGUCCCAGCUAGGAUCUCUCGGCGUGUUGAUCGAAGCAGAGGAGCUACUUUUGUUCGAGAGGACAAGUUUCCUAGUAGUGUCAAACUGGACAUCAGAAGAGGGCCAGAACAACCCGACAGGCGAUCGACAGGAGCGCAUCUCAAAUAUCCUCAAACACUUCAAGCAGAGCAUCAGUCGGUUUACCGGUACUCCCCGCAAUGCAGAGCAAUUUACUCUAAUGGAACACAAAGCUGGAUCUAGAUUCUCCAUGUUCGCUUGCAAGUUCACCACCAAUACCUACCUCAUGGUUAUUCUUCCUCCUGGAGAAGCGAGGUUUAAUUCGGCCAAGCUGAAUUGUCAAAUUGCGAGGGAGAGCUUCAAGUUCCUAGAUGGACCUGCGACUCCAGGCCAGAGCUACAAUUAA